AUGGUGUUAUCUCCCACAGGGGCGGCGCCAACGGCUGCUUCUCGAUAUGGCAGUCGUGAGAGCAAGGAGGCCUUGGCUGAACUCAAGACGAAGCUGGACUUUGCUCUCAGCCGUCUCAAUGAUCAGGACACGCAGCGGGCCGGUAUCGAAGAGAUCAGAGAGUUUCUUCAAACCCUUUACCCCGAUUGGUUUCCAAUGGUCAUUACUUCAAUCGGAGAGGCUGGCACAAAUUUGAAGCCGCUGGGUCGCUGCGAGAGUGUAAAGCUGCUGGGCCUGCUGGCGGAGCUCCAUGGAGAUGGUGUCAUACCUCUCCUUCAGCGCAUGCUUCAGGUUGUCCUGACUCGGUUGCAGGAUGCGGACCUUCACCUACGGGAAGCUUGUGCUGAGACGGUAUUUAGACUCACGCGGGCGCUCGUUGUGGAUGCUGAUGGGUCCCCGGUCUUCGCGACUCUGCUGAAACCACUCUUUGCUUCUCUGACCGAGCACAACAAGUGGGUACAGAUCGGGGCAGCAUCUUGCAUAUGUGCCGUAAUCCAGGGAUCUCCGCCGGCUGUUUUAAACGAGAACUUGGGACGGCUUUGUGCACGACUGGUUCAACAUCUCAGCUUGCCGCUGGCCAUGGCACGGCCGCAGCUUCUGAGCGCCUGCAUUCACGUAAUGCAGGCUGUCAACCUCACUGACUUUGAUGAAGUUCUGCCAUCCCUGAUGCCCUGCUUGGAGAUUUGUCUGAACUCGACGUCAGACUGGCAGACUCGGAAGCAGGCUUUCCGCCAUGAUGGAAGGUCUUCGAGAGGACAAGGAGAGAGGAGCGACAGGCCACUGCGAUCCAGUAGCCCUUGCGCUGCACAGGCUCCCAAUGCAGAGCGAGAGGCAACUUGGCACCGAAACUCUGGAGUCUCCCUUCGGUCGACCAGCCCUUUGCCCGACCGAGACCAGGUCCGGCUGAGCGAAGGUACUUUGGGUGCGCAAGGUCCCAGGCAGUCAAGGAACGUGCGCGCCGCCACGCGGGAACGCGACAUGCGUGACCCGUUUGCGGAUGCCAAGCUGGAGGAAGACCGAGGCGGCGAUAAGCAAGAGAGGCUCCAGGAAGCUGCUGCGGAGAAGGUAGCUCGGAACAUUGCAGUGAAGAAUGCGCUGAGCAACGCGGACCUCAGCACCACCAAGAAACCCAGGCCGAAGCGCGAGCGUGUGUCCAUCUUUAGCCAGCCAGCAAACUCAAGUUUUUUCCAAUCGGCCAACCAGCACCCAGCAGCAAGCGACGACUUUGAAGACGUCGUCGUUGGCAUGCCUGGUAUGGCAGGGUUGGAGGACAGGUUGCUCAGUUCAGGUAGCGAGACACGAGGCUUGGCGCGCACGGAAGGCGAUCUGAUGGAGGAGAGAUGGGCGAACGCCACGCGUCUGGCAGCAGAUCUGCCAGCAGUCCAGGAAUCUCCGGUGCAUGCCAAGGACGAAUCUGACCCAGGAGCAGCCGAGCGUGAUGUCUCGGUGGAGCCAGCAAAGGCCCACUUCGUGGACACAGGCUCAGGAAACGGCGGGCCGCGGAUGAACUCCGCGGAGGCGGGCACUGGCGUUGCCACAAGAGCAAGAAAGAAGCCGGUGCCAGCCAACAGGUUGGAAGACACUGAGGAUUCAAAGCCCAGGAGAGCGGCGAGAUCAAGUUCCAAGACAGCCGAAGCUCCAGAGAGGGUGGAUGCGGCAGGUGCGGGUGAUAAUCCAUCGCAGUCCCCGACCUCCUCUGCGCCAGCGCAGCAAGAGGUCUCUGACGCAUCACCUCACCUUGCAGAGGAUAUUCGGUCUCACCAGGCGUCCACAGAGGCUCCCGAGACAGAUGGCCCAGCGCCUUGGUGGGAAGAUCCCUCAGGGCGCUCGGAGCAGCUCGCCUCAGCCGCACCUCCGCAUAGGCCUGCGGCUAGUGAUCAAGAGGAGACGACCACCCUCCUGUCACACAUCGAGGCUUUGAGCCAACGCCUCGCCCUCGUGGAGGACGAGAAGCGGCGCUCCGACAGGCAAAUGACCGAAAGGCUGCAGCAGCUGGUUCGAACCUGCGAAGGCCAAGGCGAGCUUAUCGCCACUCAGCAGCAGAGGCUAGAGGCGCAGGAGCAGCAGAUGCAACUCAUGGAGGAGCGCAUUGCUCAGCAGGAAGACGAGUUGGCGCAGAUGGACCAGCAACUCCAGGAGCAGCAGCUGCAGAUCCAGCAGCAGGACCAGCGACUGGAACAGAACGACCAAAUGCUCAAUGAGCAUCAGCAGCAGCUGGAGCAGCAGGAGCAGGAGCUGGAGAAGCAGAUCUUGCUCACUGACGCAUUCAUCAGCACGGCAUCAUCCAGCAGCACGGUGAAGCCCGCGAAGCAGGCCUGGACGGCAGAGGAUGCCGGGACAGGUUCUGGCAAUCCCGCAAAAAGGUGGGCAGCCGAUUGGAAAGAGGGAGCCGAGGCCACUCGCAUCCCCGGUCCAACGGCGGACGGUGCAGCGGCGGUUGGGGCCGGCGGCGCUCUUGCUGGUAGCAGCAGCGAGCGACCUUUGGCGCUUGGCCGUGCCAAGGUUGACACAGGUUCAGCGACAAAGGCCUCGUCACAGAAAGCUGGCGGACAACUGUGGGAUUCUGUGAUGGAGCUCUGUUCCGAAAGACGUUUUCUGGAGGCUUACAAGCAGGUCAUCGCUGAGCCUGAAGAAAAAUGCUUGCUCCGACUCAUGAAGCACACAGGCCCGAUCGUGGAUCGAUUAGAUGCUGAGAGCAACUCCAGACUGAUCCGCCGGCUCAUACACAUCCUCUCUUCACCGGCGAAGGACCCAGCUGCUACCAGCAUCGAGCAGAUCUUCUCAUGGCUGUGGCAGGCUCUGAACCAGGGCAUCCACUUCACUGCCUCGCAAGUUGAGGAUCUCGUUUCCGCUCUCCAAAAGGUCUCCUCUGCCCAGUCACCACUCAGCGGGCCUGAAAAGGCAGAAGCAGCACAGCUGCUGCAACAGGUCUCAACUCACCGCCGAGCUUGA